CAAUAACUUCCACCGCAGUCGAAGUCGAAAUACCCUGUUCCAACUUAUAUGAAGGCAACCGACAAGUCCAGGACCCCCUUCACCUUCCGGAGUUCGGGUUCUUCGUCCUUGAUUGCCCGGUCGCGCAAAGCGCCACCAGCCUCGCUUGGCACUGUGUCUCACGCUAUCUCGAGGCGCGACUCCUCGAGAAUAGAUUCCACCACACGGAUUCGUACUCGAAUCUCCAUCUGGGCCGUUCCUGCAACGGAACGACGGCAUAAACUUCGUUUAUUGAGAGACAUUAAUCUUAUACUUGGGAUUUGAAGUCAUGGCCAUCUGUCAGUUCUACCAGCGUGGUACAUGCAGAUAUGGAGAUUCAUGCCGAAAUGAGCAUCCAGGUAGCGCAAGAGACAGUAAUCGUGGUUCCGGUGGUUUUGGCUCCACCUCGAAUCGCUUCAAUGGCUUCGGCGGUGGAGGGGACCGCUACCGCCCAGGCCAGCAGACGGGUGCGUUCGGUGCACGCUCAUCCGCACCUUCUUUCAACUUGAACAAGGACGACAUCAAGGCGGAUCUCACUGAUCAACGCCCAAUCUACCCGCUGUCAUGCUAUGGCCCCGGUCGAGAUGCCCCCCGCCAGUUAAUCGAAGGCCCUCUGGAGAUCAGUCCGGAAGAACUCCGCUUCCGCUACUACACUCAUAGAGCAGCGGGCAAUGAAGCCGCAGGACAACAAGAAGAGACCGCCCUGGCCAACCAAAUGCAGCAGCAAGUGCAGCGCAUCUUGAGCGAUUUGGAUGGCGCCAUCAAGUAUAUCAUGGAUGGUGCCGACGUCCACCCGAACCGAAUCGACAUUGCACAAGGCAAGGCCAAAGUGGGCGGAACUCAGUCAAACGCCUUCGGAACCGGUGCUCCAAGUCCAUCCCCCUUCGGUCAACCCAAUUCAACAUUUGGUCGGCCUUCCGUCCCUGGCCAGACCACUACGGCUUUUCCAGGCGCUGGAACAUUUGGAAAGCCCUCUCUUCCUGGUACGAGUGCGUUUGGCCAGCCUUCAGCUCUUGGGGGCGAUUCCGCCUUCGGGAAGCCUUCCACUUUGGGUGGAGGAACUGCCUUUGGAAAACCGUCUAUGCCAGGAGCCGGUUCAGUGUUUGGGCAGACUACUGCACCGGGCCAGCCCUCGGGAACAACACCAGGGUUUGGGACCCCCUCUAUGCCUGGACAGGCAUCUGCCUUUGGUCAAACCAAUGUUCUCGGGCAGCCAUCUGCCUUUGGAAAACCCUCAUUUGGCACCAGUGCAUUUGGACAGCCCUCCCAGCCGAACGCAGGCACAAGUCCCUUCGCACAGCAAGCACCUAAGCCAUCAAUCUUUGGUCAAUCCCAAGCCCAACCACAGGCCCAGGCGACCCAGCCAUCGAUUUUUGGACAGCAACAACCACAGCAGCAGGCGCCCAGUCAGGCUUCAGUGUUUGGGCAACCGCAGCAACAAGCGGCCGCAGCACCGAAGCCGUUCUUAUCACAACCCACUCAAGCGUCGGCAUUUGGCACACCCGCCUUCGGUCAACCUUUUGGAACGCAACCCCCAGCGCAACAAGCCCCUGCGAGACCAAGUCCUUUUGCACAACAGCCACAGGGCCAAGCGACUGCGCCGUCAUUGUUUGCCCCAUCACAACAAGCCGCAGCACCAUCAUCAUUGGCUGGUCAGCUCCAACCACAGUCUGCGCCGGGGUCGGCGAAACCGAUUGAAGCCAAAGAGCGCUUCAAAGAAGGGAGGCCAGAGCAGUAUGAAGGAGAGCAGGGUCAGAAGUUGGAGGAAAUAUACCGGAGAGUGGGACAAACUGGGAAAUUCCUCGACGACGAACUCAUUCCAUUGGUACCGCCAAAGUGUGAAUGGAUCACGCCGCUCGCCGUCUCGUAGGAAUUUGGAAUUGCUGGCAAUUCAAAGUGUAUAAGAUUAAGGAGCCGCCAGCUGACUGGCUCAGCCUGUGGCCGUGUACUACAUUGAAGUUCGUACUUAGCGAGUUGGUCGAUACUUGAAGAAAGAUAUUUUAUCUUCAAUAGAGACACGUUUUGGCGCCAGCACACCAGCACGACGUCCC